UAUGGCUUACAUACUUUCCAGGCAGCAUCCCUAUCCUACACAACUUUGAUACCCUUUUUAAAGCACCCAACUCAUCACUGCUCAAUAGCUCUUGAACCUCUAACUCAGGUUUCAUAAGCUCAUCAAAAACACUACAAUUAGUUUAGUUUGUAUUUAGAUCAAGGUAUCAAAUAUGAGUCUAAUCAAGCCUCAUGUCCUCAUGUUGCUAAUCAUCAUCAUGGUUAUCUCAAUUUCUCAUAAAUCAUCACUUAUAGAAGCAAGGACACUUUCCUUAAUUUCAAAUCAAGGGUACUCAAAGAUUUUUGCCACACUUGGAGUUGUUUGUAAGUGUUGUGAUGAAAUUGGAGGUGCUUGCACUAGUACUUGGACACAAUCUUGUAAUAAUUUGAAGUGUUCACCUUGGAAAUCACACUAGUUAUUAAUUUCUUUUAAUUUUUAUAGUCUUCCAUUUUCUGCACCUUGGAGUAUAUAUUAAUUUUAGAUAUAUCAUAUAUUCAUACUAUUAUAUAAAAGUAUAAAGUUUGUGUUAUGCUAAUGUGAACAGAGUGAAUUUGUUUUGUAACAAACUUUGUAUAUGUCCAUAGUUUUUGGUUUGUAACAAGUCAAUGGGUAUAAUAAAUGAACGUUGAUCACUA